AUGAGGAGCAUAGCUUACUACUUUCUAGAAUUUAUUUUCAUCACCUCAUGCUUAUCUUGUGAUCUCGAGUCUGUGGAAGACACUAGUGGAUGUGAUUUUGAUUCAUUACUUCUCGUGAAUCCUCAAACCGGUUUUACAGUAGCAGAUGAGAAUUGUGGUCUUGAAGUAGAUAAACGAACAUUUGAAGAUCAACCUUAUGUCUUUUAUCCAAAUGCAAGAGAUGACUUGAAGUAUACUUUAAUUAUGGUUGAUCAAGAUGAUCCUUUCACUGAGGACGACAAUGAUUUUCUUCAAUGGAUGGUGAUUAAUAUAAGCGGAACAUCAUUGAAAUAUGGAGUCGGGGAGUUUUAUGGCGAAACUCUUGUUGCUUACAUAUCACCAGAUCCAGCCGAAGAUACUUGCACUCAUCGCUACACGAUCUACAUUUUUGAACAAAUAUUUUCACCACUUACCUUUCCAGAGCUUCCUGAUUUGAGAUCAGAAUUUAAAAUUAAUGAUUUCAUUGAGAAUGUCGUUCCGAAAGGCGCAUUUUGUGGACCAGUUGCAUCAAUUCAAUUCCAAUCAAGAUUUUAA